AUGUUGUUAAUAUAAAUUGAGACAAAUUAUUUAAAAAAAAAAAGAAAAGGCUGGAAUAUCUAUAAUCUAGCUGUUAUUUACAUCAUUUUGAUUUAAGAGUUUAUGAUCUACAAUAGAAUAAAUUAAUUAGAAAUUGCAAUAUUCGUCAAAAGAAAAGCCCAUUUGUAUCUAUUAAUAUUUGGAAUAGUAUUAAGGUUUUGUUGCAUAUUGAAAUGA